AUGGCAAAGAUGAGACAAGUUUUAAAUAUUUACAAUAGCCGUAAACAAAAAGGUUUGGGAAACCACUCCCCCGAAGAAAUGAAAAACAACCCCGACUUAGAGAAAGACUAUAUAUUUAAUAGUUUAGUCAAAAGAGACAAACAAGAAAGAAUGCCAGGCUUCAAACUUAAGAAAGGUGACAAAGUAAAAAUAGAAAUACCUAAACGCGACCCAUAUGAAAAUACUAUUGACUAUGACAACAAUGGGAACUCGACAGGUACUCGCAUUCGUGUUCGUAAAAAUAGAAGAAAGUAUACAAGAGAAUAUUAUGAAGUUUUAGGCAAACAUGGCAAAAUGUACAGACUGCAAGCAGAAGAUAAAACUACUAUUGUCAGACCUCGUUUCAAACUUGUCAAAGUUCAAGGUGGUAUACUUUCAAAGACAGUUCCUAACAAAUAUAAGACAACUCCUGACGAAUAUGCUAAAGAAGUUGAAAAUGACGACUAA